CGGCACACUCAGAAGCUUGGACUGCAUCCUGGCCGGCUGACUCACACAAGGCAGGUGGGUGGGGAAGCACAGAUUAGCCAUGGAAAAAAUGUCAGUGUCAGCAUUCUUGCUCCUUGUGGCCCUCUCCUACUCUCUGGCCAAAGAUACCACGGUCAAACCUGGAUCUAAAAAGGACUCUCAACCCAGACUGCCCCAGACCCUCUCCAGAGGUUGGGGUGAUCAACUCAUCUGGACUCAGACGUAUGAAGAAGCUUUAUACAAAUCCAAGACAAGCAACAAACCCUUGAUGAUUAUUCAUCACUUGGAUGAAUGCCCUCACAGUCAAGCUUUAAAGAAAGUGUUUGCUGAAAAUAAAGAUAUCCAGAAAUUAGCAGACCAAUUUGUCCUCCUCAAUCUAGUGAUUGGACUCUCCUACUCAGCUACAAGCAUUCAAGAAGCUCUGCACUUCUAA